UAUGUUUUGAAGCUCUAUUACUUAAAAUCGGAUCCUAAAAGUUUACUUGUGAUGUGGGAGCAACAUCCAACUUUACCUGUACUUAUUCAAAACUUCACAUUAUUUCGAGUACUGUUGUGCAAUAGUUAUGCUAAUAACAAUAUCACUUUUUUUUCUCUCUUUUUCGGAUUAUUUUAUAGAGCUCCUUCAAUCUAUAAAAAUACGGUCGCAGAGAGAAAAUGGCAGAAGAAGAAGAAGAGAUCACUGAGGAGGAGGAAGAUGAAGAAGUAGAAGAGGACGAAGAAGAAGAAGCUGCUGAACCGGAAGCACCGCCAGCUCCAGCAUCUGUCGAUGAUGAACCACCGACCGAAAAAAUGGAAGCUACACCCCAGUUAAGACGCGCACCACCUCAAGAAAAGGAUGAAGCACCGGCUGAACAGACGGAAGCUGAAAAGGCUAUGCUUGCCGCCAAAAAGAGGCAUCAAGAAGAAGAAGCAGCUAAAAUCCAAGAUUAUGAAGAACGACGACGAGUCGAGAAAGAACAGAUCGAAGAAGAGCUGCGAACACUGAAAGAAAAACAAGAACAAAGAAGACAACAGCGCGAACAAGAGGAACGAGAAUUGGCGGAAAGACAGCGCCAGAAUGAGGAAAAGCGACGGCAAGAAGAGGAGGAAAGCAAAGCGCGCAUUGAAGCGGAGAAGCAGCGGCGAGAGGAAGAAAGAAAGAAACGACAGAAUUUGAUGGCUGGCUCGUUUGCUGGUGGGACAACAGCUGGUGGGAAGAAUUUCGUGAUCCAGAAAUCAGAAAAAGGCGACCAGUUGAAGACUCUUGCUGCAAAGCAAGAAACGAGUGAAGAAGGGAAAAAAGCGGCAAAGCAAGCAUUUCUGGAAGCAAUUCAACGUCGCGGAGCCAAUAUCGCCGAUUUGCUGCCAAAUGAUCUAAAAGAUAGGAUCAAGCAGUUACAUUCACGUAUUGUAAAACUGGAAGGCGAAAAGUAUGAUUUGGAGAAAAGACAUGAGCGCCAGGAAUAUGACUUAAAAGAACUGCAUGAGCGUGAACGUCAAGUUGCUCGCAACAAAGCUUUGCAAAAAGGUCUGGAUCCGGAAGAAGCAGCUGCCUCCAUACAUCCGCCAAAGAUCAAUGUCGUAUCAAAAUUCGAUCGCCAAAUUGACAGACGCUCAUAUGGUGAUCGGCGGGAUCUUUACGAACAUCCAAUAGUUAAAAAGCCACCAAAAAUUGCGCACGGAACAGCUCGUCCGCCACCAGAAUGGGGUCGACGUGAAAACGAAGAGCUUGAACAGAUCCGUAAAAAUCUGGAGCCGCCCAAAUACGUAGAGCAAGUGAAAGCAGAUGGUGAUGCUGCAAAACCACCAGUUCAGCCAAUUCCACUCCAUGUACCUGGUGUGGAUGAGGUUGAGGAGGACGAAAACGCAUCGAUUCAGGCUACCGAAGGAAAUUUGACUGCAGAAGGUGAUGGUGCGGGAAAAACUGCAGCGAAGGAUGCCGAGAAAGCUGGCCGGAAAGUCUCCGGCGCGGCAGGCGGUAAAGCUCCUGCACCACCACCAACGGUUAAGAAGCCGGUGAAAGCCAAGUGAAAUGGAUCGUACCUGCCUAUUUUCUUCUUGUCUCAAUACAAAGUUUAUUAACCCCAUAAAUGAUGUCAAAAAUUAUCUACGAAUGUUCUUUUGUAGCCAAAAUGAAAUAUCGAUAUAAAUGUGAUUGUGUCAAGAUAAUAUCGGCCAUCAACCGUCCGGUACUU